ACACACACACACACCACAGCAUGAGAGAGACUUUGGGAGCGAAGAGACUUUGUGAAGUAAUGUUCAAUUGAUUUGUUCUCUGCCAUUAUCCAAGCGUUUUUCUCGUGUGUUUACAAAGUGACUUUUGACCAGUGUUUCCGUCCUCGACCUCGUUUUCUGCCUAGCCUCGUUGUGUUUGUUUGCCUGCCUGACCCUCACCUGUUUAUCGACCGCGAACUUCGUCUCCACCCUCGGAACCUGACCGGCUGAUCUGGUCUGUCUACUCUGUUUAAAUACCAAAAAUCAAAGGAAUUAUGUUGGCCAGGAUUUUUAAUUACUCAUACAGAAGAGAAUUUAGUUCUCUCUGGAGAAGUGUAAGUCAACAUGCUGGUCAAAGGCUUGAUAUUGGUGGGAUUUAUCCUCCCAUUGCCACUCCAUUUACACAGAAAGGAAAUGUGGAUUAUCAAAGCCUAGAUGAAAAUCUACGAAAAUAUGGCAGUAUACCCUUUAAAGGUCUUGUGGUGCAGGGCUCUAAUGGAGAGUAUCCAUAUCUGACAACCGAAGAGCGCAUAGAUGUUGUAAGAAGAGUUCGAGAAGCUCUGCCUCCAUCAAAGCUUGUGAUGGCUGGAUCUGGCUGUGAAUCCACAAGAGCCACAAUCCAAAUGAGUGAGAGUAUGGCCAGUGCAGGUGCUGAUUGUGUGUUGGUAGUGACGCCAUGUUUUUAUCAUGGAAGAAUGAAUAGCAGUGCUCUUAUUCACCACUAUACACAGGUAGCAGAUUCCAGUCCUAUACCCAUUGUUCUAUAUAAUGUGCCAGCCAACACUUUUCUGGAUCUGCCUGUGGAUGCAGUAGUACAGCUAUCACAGCAUCCAAAUAUAGUUGGCAUCAAAGAUAGUGGUGGAGAUAUUACAAGAAUAAGUCUGAUUGUGUACAAAACCAGAUCACAGGAUUUCCAGGUGUUGGCAGGAUCCGCUGGGUUCCUCAUGGCUGCCUAUUCAGUAGGUGCUGUUGGAGGUGUAUGUGCUUUAGCAAAUGUUUUGGGUCAGCAGGUGUGUGAGCUAGCACAGCUAUGUACAUCAGGACAAUGGGACAAAGCCAAAGAACUCCAAUACCGUCUUAUUGAACCAAACUUGGCGGUCACACGGAAGUUUGGUAUUCCUGCCCUAAAGCAAGCAAUGGAGUGGUUUGGAUACAAGGGGGGUGUAUGCCGCUCCCCUCUGCAGCCUUUGUCCGAGGUGGAGUUAGAAAAUCUUCAAGCAGACUUCUCCUCAAAUGGCUGGCUGUAGAUGGACUU